ACCAGACCACAGCAAAAACGUUAGCACUGAGCUGGUGGAGCACUGGAUUUAAAAGAACUAAACUUUGCAGGAUAAACCUCACUAUCUUCCUGGUGAUGAUGUCUGCAAUCCCCAGUCAUCUGAUGGGGUUUUUCUCUAUCAUCAUGUGUGUGAAAGCCCAAGUGGCCUCUAAGGCACCAGUCCUUCGCAUCGAGCCUGAACAGCCAGCAUAUUUUGUGGAAGAAUCUGUCAUCUUGAGAUGUGUGACUGUUAAUCCCUUACAAGUGGAAAGCUAUAGUUUUUACAAGGAUGGAGAAGAGAUUUUUAAGAGCAUUCCCUCAAAUGUUUUACAGAAAUCUUCUCUUACCAAGACUGAUUCUGGAACAUAUUUUUGCACUUACGUCGACAACACUAAGAUCAAAUCCGCUGAGAGUAAUACAAUACAACUUACUAUUGUUGAUCGUCCUGAGUCACCCUCAAUCUCUGUGGAGCCACAGUCCCCCUUCUUCUUUGUAGGCCAGAUGGUAAUCCUACGUUGCCUGUUGCAAACCAGAUCAGGGGUUACAGCAAUCACACUGUAUCAUAAUGGGAAUGAAGUGACCGAAUCUGAUAAUUUUGGAGUCCUAACAUUUAAUGAAGUCCAACAAAGAAAUGCGGGAAAUUACACCUGUGCCUUCAAAAUUCCUCUCUCAGGACGUGAGGCUCAAUCGUAUUUCAGCGCUGCACAGCAAUUGAUAGUAGCAGAACCCCUUCCAACUCCAACUUUAUAUUUUGAUCUAAACAAUCCACAGACUGUAGGUACAGAAGUACAAUUGAUCUGUCAGACCCCACUUCCUUCUACUGUGAAUGGAUACCGGUUUUAUCAAAAUGGAAAGGAAGUAACAGAAAAAUUGGGAAGCCAAGUAAAUGUUUUCACAAUCCAGAAUUACUCCCAGGCUUUUGAGGGGUGCUAUUUUUGCAAGACCUUCAGGAUACAAUUUGGGCAGGAGAUUCCAUCCACUGAGAGCUUUGAGCUGUUUCUGACAGCAAAAGAAACCGGUGGAAGACAAUGUAAAAAUAUGGAUCCACAAAAACACAGUGCCUUUCCUUUUCAAGUAAUUAAGCUGUAUGGCAGUGUCCUUUUAGGAAAGCUACUCGUCUUGAUCUUUGUGAUGAUUGUUUUUGGGGUCCAGAUCCUACAGUUGAAAAAAAGAACAAAGAAGAAUAAGACACAGGCUGAAUAAUAAAUACAAGGAAAAUAACACUAUAGUUUAGGUGUACUAUGUGUAAUUCUAUUGCAUGACUAGUUUUUUCAAUACACUUGAUAAACUUAUAUUCCACCAUUAAUGUCUCUCUUAAAAAUAGUGCAAAGGGCUAUCAUCAUGUUUUUCUUCCUCUACCUACACUCUGCUCUACAACCAGUAUUUAUCAUCUUAUCUUUUGUUUUCUUUCGAAAGAGCCCAUCUUUUUUUUGCUCAUGUCUUUAAGUGUAGUAGCAUAUAUGUUAUAUGUGCCAUAUGUAGUUAGUACGUCAGUCUAUUGUAGUAUAUUGGCUUGAGACUCCUUGUUCCUAGAGGUCUCUGUCAUAUUGAGCAACAUUAGCAUCUUCUAAACCCUCAGGAGACAUUGCAGAAUAUUUGGGGAUGUUAUAAAUAAAUUUUAAUUUACAAAAUG